AUGGCAUCUACUGAACAAAAUAUACCAACUACUCAAUCAGCAUUACAAUGGGUUAGAGUUAGUGAUAAAAAUCCAUUUGAAUGGACAACAUCAGCACCUGUAAUUCAACCAUCACAAUUAGGUAAUAAUCAAGUUUUAAUUAAAAAUCAUGCUGUCGCACUCAAUCCAGUCGAUUAUAAAAUGGCAGGAUCUAAUUUUGCUAAUACAACAUUACCAGCUGUUACUGGUUAUGAUGUUAGCGGUCAAGUAGUUGCUAUUGGAAAAGGUGUGAAAGAUUUUAAUGUUGGUGAUGAAGUUUUUGGAUUUUUAAAUUUAAAUUCAAGUAAUGGAGGAGGAGCACUUCAACAAUAUUCCGUUGGAGAAGCUGAUGCAUUGGUCAAGAAACCAGCAAAUAUUAGUCAUGAAGAUGCUGCAACACUUGCUAUAGCGUUUCUAUCUGCUAUGGAUGGACUUCGUCAAGUUGAUAUUGAUUCAUCUACAUCAAUUUUCAUUCCUGGUGGUUCAGGUGGUGUUGGUCACUUUGCUGUACAAAUUGCUCAAAUUCGAGGUGCUAAACAAAUAAUUACAUCAGCAUCUAAAGAUGAAGGAAUUAAAAUUCUUAAAGAACAAUAUCAUAUUAAAGAUGUUAUCAAUCAUGCUAAAGAAAAUGUAGUCGAUCGAGUACUUGAACUAACUCAAAAACAAGGUGUUGAUAUUGCUUAUGAUGCUACUUAUGUUGAAUCAAGUUUUGAAAAAUCAAUUCAAACAGUUAAACAAGGUGGUCAUUGGAUUGUUCUUGGUCAUUUUGGAGAAAAAGACAGUCCAGAAGCUAAACUUGUUGCUAAACAAAAAGCAAAUUUAGUUCAAGCUGAUGUAACACGUUAUUGGUUAGGACCUGAACGAGCACAUGUUAAAACACUUGUUCAAGAUCAAUUAAAACAAGGUGCUCAAUGGAUUAUUGAAGGAAAACUUAAACCAUAUAUUAGUCAAAUAGUUAAACUUGAAGAAGUACAGAAUGCACUUGAAAACCUCAAACAAGGUAAAGCUGGAUUUGGUAAAACUGUUGUGAAAUUAUUAUAA